ACCCGCCCGCGGCCGCCCACCUGGCGCCUGCGGCCUGUGCCGCCCCGGAGCCGGUAGCUCGUCCCGCCUCACUAGCAGCAGGUCUGUGAAUCAAGUGUGUGUGGAAAAAUCACUUAUAUUCAGAACUAAUAUUCCUUAUCAUACUGAUACCAUCGCUGUCUCUGAUGGACCAGAUCUGUUCUGUGUGCAGCUGGAUGACCGUAAGUAACUUUUUUUUUUUCCAUUAACCUGAUUCUAAUAUAGCCUCUGCAUAGGGAAUCUCUUCUGAAACUUGUGUUAUAGUUGUUACUAAUUAUUUUGGCUACUGUAGUUCCAUACCAUGUUGCAUCAUGCUGAACAGUAAAGCUGGGGGGGAGUUAGCCAGAUAAAUGUAGUUGGCCAUCUAUUUAUCUCAGCUAAUGAGUUCUAAAUUUCUCAUAGUUCCGUCUUUUCUGAUUCUCUCCUACAUCCCCCUGUGAGAGAUAGUGAGUGAAUAGCUUUGUGGUGCUUAGCUGCUUGCUGGGCUAAACCACAUGGAACUCUUAGGGACAGCUGGGAGUACUGGAUAUUUUCAGAAUACAUAAAGUACUUCUAAAAGCAUUUCUGUUUCUUGUAUCAGCUUCUCAGAAUAGCAGCUUCAUCAUUAGUCUUUGUAGGUAUUGGAAGAAUAUUGCUCAAUUUCUGUUCGUAAAUCAGUAGCAGAACAAAUAUGAAAAUGCACUUUAAAGUCGCAAGAACAGUUAUCCACUAACCUGCCUCUUAUUUACUGAAUUACUUAGUUUAGUUUUGUCUGGUCUCAGAUAAAUUGCUUCAAGUUCUUUUAUUGCUUUUUCCCCAGGAUUAGCCUUUAGUAGUUUGUGCAUUUUCUUGAGAAAACUGAACUAUAAACAAGUCAUGUAUCAUUUUUUUUCUCCAAAAAGCUUGAAUAUAUUAAGUUUUGAUGCAGAAGGCUUUUUUCUCCAUUUCCAGGUAUAUUUUGCAUUACAUAACACUUUUUCUGUGUUGUCAAUUAUUCCGCUUUGAUAAUUGAAGGAUACAUAAAAGAAGACAAGUGUGUGAAAGUAGCAUGUGUUUUGUGUUACUGUGUAAUGAUUAUAACCUCAAGCAAAUAAGAAAGCUAUUCUUGUUACCUAUUUUUGUAAAACUUCUAGGAACUUACUAUUUCUUGGGCCUUUGGGCAGGUGUAUUCUUUGCUGAGUAAAAGACUGCCUGGAUGGCCAGGCCUGGAGAGUGGUAGUGAAUAGAGUUAAAUCCAGAUAGUGACUAGUCACUGGUGUGACGUUCACCAGGGGAUCAGUAUUGGAGCCACCCUGUUUAAUAUCUUUAUUGAUUAUCUGGACAAGAGGCUUGAGUGCACAUUCAGUAAAUGUGCAGAUGACACCAAGUCAAACUGCUUGAGAGUAGGAAGACCCUACAGAGGGAUCUGGAUAGGCCAGACUGAUGGGCUGAGUCCAAUUAUAUGAGCUUUAACAAGACCAAGUGCCAGGUCCUGCACUUCAGUCACAGCAUGCAUCACUACAAGCUUGGGCAGAGUGGCUGGAAAGCUGUGUGGAGAAAAAGGAUCUUGGGGUGUUAGUUGACAGCAAGCUGAACAUGAGCCAGCAGUAUGCCCCAGUGGCCAAGAAGGCCAAUGGAAUCCUGGUGUGCAUCAGAAAUAGUGCGGUCAGCAGGAGCAGGGAGGGGAUUGUUCCUCUAUAUUUGGCACUGGUGAGGCUGCAUCUUGAGUGCUGUAUUCAGUUCUUGGCCCCUCACUGGAAGAAGACAUCGAGGCCCUGGAUCACAUCCAGAGAAGGGCAACAAAACUGUGAAGGAUCUGGAGCACAGGUCUUACGAGGAAUGGCUGAGGGAACUGGGAUUGUGUAGUCUAGGGAAGAGAAGGCACACCUUAUCACUGUCUACAACUCCCUGGAAGGAGGUAAUGAGGUAAGGGUCAGCCUCUUUUCCCAGGUAACAGCAAUAGGGUGACAGGCGAUGGCUUGAAGUUGUGCCAGGGGAGGUUUCAGUUGGGUAUAAGGAAAACUGUCUUCUCCAAUGGAGUGGUGAUGCAUUGGAACAGGCUGCCCAGGGAGGUGGUGGAGUCACCAUUCCUGAAGGUUUUCAAGAGGAGGGUAGAUGUUGCACUGAGUUUCAUUGUCUAGUGUGGUCACAAGCAUGGGUUUAUGGUAGAUCAUCUUUGUGGUCUUUCCAGCCUUAAUUGUUCUAUGACAUUUUGUGUCCCCCCCCCCCCCAAAAAAAGCAGUUGUUUGACUAAUGCUUUUUGUCAGAUGUAAGAAAGCUUUUAUUCCUGUUUGAUGCUUUGUCUAUUUAAGGAUUAUCUACUUUGCCCUUGGACAGCAGAAUUGCACAGAGAGCUUAAUUUCCUUCUUUUUUUUUUUUGUUCUUAAAUCAACUGGAGUAUCUGUGUCUUUUUUGGUAGUAAACUACCUAUUGGUAUGAUUUGGAAUCUUAAGUGCUUAUGAAAGGUGUCUUAUUUGCAUGCAUUUAAAAGCUUACUGUUUUAACAAGCCUAUGUGUUAUGUCAUUAAUCAUUUGUCAUUUUAUGACUUAGUGUUUUAGCAGUAAUAAUUUAAUACAUUAUAGCAUUGUGACAGUUCUGAAUAUCAACUGGCAAGGAAGACAUUACUCUGAGAUACGAGUGGGAGUUUGUCUUUUAAGGAUAUGUAUUCACAGUUCAUACUUAAGUUAAAGUUUAUUUGGCAUUAUUUUUAAUCAAUUUAAUGUUGUUUUUACUGAUUUCACAUGCUAAUAGUGUUUUGACAUAAAAAUGUCAGAUGACUGUAACUUGGACACCUCACAAAUGGAGAGCACAUUAAGAUAGUUGCCUUAAAUAACUUUCAUUAUUUCUCAAGAUCAGAUUUGUAUAUGAACACGUUUUUCAUGCAACAUUACGAAUUACUACUCAUUAUGUCAUCUUGUUCAAAGCUGGUAUUACUGUGUGUAGGGAAACUGUCAGGUUACAGCUUUAACUGGUGAUUGAGCACCUGAAGGGGUGUACCUGGCCUUGGAAGCACAGGCAAAUUGUUUGCAGCUGUGCUCCCCAAGAGACCAGAAGGGGUGGACCCAUGGUGGAGUCACCCUGACUCAUAUAAUGGCUACCUACUGAAGGAAGAACAUUUCUUGGACCUAGGCUGCUUCCUGAGAAGGAGUGCUGUAUAGCUGGCAAUCUCCUUCACCAGUUGGUGAAGUUGAACUAUUUCCGACAGCCAAAGCGUAUCAAAGAAUCUGAUUUUCUGAAGCUCUUGAAGUAUAGCAAGCACUCUUUCUUAGCACAAUCACAAGUCCAGCCAUCAUUCUCUGCCUUUUACCGAGUGAGUUGAAAGAAAAUACCAACUGGCUUGCAGGUAUACCUUUGCUGUAGCUGUCUGUAAUGAGACCUAAUGAGAACAAAUUCAAAGAUACUUUGUAUUUUUCUAUCCUUUGAACCAUAUUAUUUUUCAUUUCUUUUCCUUACUGUGUAAAAUGUUCCUAAUUAGUUUUCUUGUAUAUAAAAGUUUGUACAGCCCUUUAAACAAAACUGACUGUAUGCAAAGGAGAAGUUAAAGUUUGCCUCUUUGCCCUGAUGUAAUCACCCUGAACUUAGUCUUACAAUUCCACAGUAAUGUUGUCUGUAAGUUUUCCAAAUUGUCUUUUCAGGCUGGCGAUCCAAUCCUAAUCUACUUUGAUUCAUUAUCUGUACUGAGUGUGCUUAGACAGCCAGUAAAAAUGGGAGUCAGUGGACUUUGUGUAGAUGGAAAUCCAGCUGGCUUUCUGGAAAGUAAAAGCACAAGCUGUACUCGCAUUUUCACAAACCUGAGUGGGAGCUGUGUCAGUGACCCUGCCCUAAAUGCUGCCUCCUACUACCGUGACUUCUCAGUACUAAAGGUUCCGAUCAAUGACACCAUUGCAGAGUCCAUGAAGGUAAGGAUCAGUCCAAUUGGACCACCUGGAGCUCCCUACAUGGAAGAUAACGUGUGUAACAAUGCUGUUUCUGAGGUGAUCUAUGAGAUAGAGUUUAAUGGUACCUAUGGGAUUCAGAGUGUGUCUGUCCAGUUCAAAGUGACCAGCAUCUCUGGGAGUUCUGGAUUCUCACUGCAGCAGCAGCACUUCACUUUGCGUUUCUGGACCAGGAUGCUUCCUCAUACACUGCCUAGAAGUGGAAAUCCUGGCUAUAUCACUGGAGCACCACUGCUGAUUGCAAAUGAUAGUGCAGUGCAACACAUGAGCAUUCUGCAGAGCGAGGGUGAUGGAAGUUGCUCACAGUUUCUGAGACAUACAGUACGAUUUGGAAGCAAUACGAGGACUGGCUGCAAACUCAGGCUAACUCAAAUGGAAGAAAGUAAUUGCAGUUAUAUCCAGCUGAAGUUAUACAAGGCUUUUCAGGGGAUGAACCAAGCAGAGGACCUUGCUAUAAUUGGUAGUGCUCGUUCAACCCAAGAAGAAGAGUGGGUGACCAUUCUGAUCCAGAACUGCAGUGUACAGAUUAAGAAUUGCAGUUCCUGUUGCAUGAUUCCAGUGACCCUGGAUAUACAGAUAUUGUGGACUAAGAUGGGUCUCCUGUCCAAUCCACAAGCUCAAAUAGUGGGUGUACGGUACUUUUAUCAGUGUCAACCCCUAAAGUCCCUAAGCACAGGCAUGGUGCCUUUGACAACAGUUGUUACCUUCACUGACAUGACGGAAUGGCCAGAACCUCCACGUGGUCUGCCCAAAGUACACUGGAAACUCCCGUUUGACUUUUUUUUUCCAUUCAAGAUGGUCCUGAGUAUUGAAAGAAGUUACAGAGAUGAUUUGACUGCCUACUUUGUUGUGAUUCUAAUACUGUCUAGUAUUCUCUGCUUUUGAAGAGAGUCAAAUAGAUGGGACCUGUACUUAAAGUUACGUGAAUUUAUACAUUUGUAUACUUUUUUGUAAACUUUUUUCCUCAGAUUCUUAUACUGUCUAUAAUAUCUUCUGUUGAUGGAUUAAUUCACGUGACUACUUUCUGUCCUGUGUCCUCUCAUUCUCCUGUUCUCCAUAUAUACAAUCUUUAAAGUGAAA